AUGCCUGCCAGAUACAACAGCGUGCUUGCCAAUGCUCGAGUCCUUGUACUCGGCGGCUCUUCAGGCAUCGGUUUCUGCGUAGCUGAGCAUGCCCUCUCUUUGGGAGCCAUCGUCACCAUCUCCUCUUCACGCCAAUUGAAGCUAGAUAAUGCCCUCGAAAGAUUGAAAGCCUCCGUGCCAGACUCGUCAGCGAACAUUGACGGUCAGAUCUGCGACUUAUCCAAUCUCGAUUCUACCCGCCCGAACCUCGAGGCACUGUUGAAAUCCGUCACAUCCACCCAACUUCUAGACCACAUUGUUUUCACCGCCGGCGAUGGCAUCAAGAUCAGACCUGUUGCAGACCUCGAAAUCGAGACCAUCCAACAAAUGGGCCACGUACGCUUCUUUGGGCCCAUGUUACUCGGCGGCCUCGCCAAAAUUUUUAUGAAUCCUUCCAAAACCUCUUCCAUUACUCUGACCAGCGGCACAAACAUCACAAAGCCAGGCAAAGGAUGGACUGCAGUCGCCGGCUAUGGCGCCGGUACUGAAGGCAUUGCGAGGGGUCUUGCAGUGGAUCUGGCUCCUAUCCGUGUCAACUGUGUUAGUCCUGGAGCUGUGCAUACCGAAAUGUUUGACGAUAUCCCCAAAGACAGGUUGCCCUCUGUCCUGUCCACUUUUCGCAAGCGAAGCUUGACGGACAGUGUAGGCACGCCAGAAGAGCUGUCGGAAGCCUACAUCUACUUGAUGAGAUGCUCAUUUGCUACCGGUUCUUUGAUUGAAGUGAAUGGCGGAUCGUUGUUGGCAUGA